AUGGCUGAGAAUGCGACAGAAACCGAUCUCAAAACAUUCAAGGAUUUUUUAACUCAAUAUAAUGUUGUCGCUGAGCAGUGCUUCAUGUCCUGCAUUAAUGACUUCACAACAAGGACAGUCAGCGAUUCGGAGGAUCAAUGUUGCUCGAAUUGUUUGGAUAAAUUUCUGAAAAUGACGCAAAGGAUGUCACUACGAUUCCAGGAACAUCAGCUGAUACAAAACGAAAUAGAAGGAAGUCCGUUACGGCGGUGA